UCAAGAGCAACUGACAAGUUAUCACCACUGAGACCACUCAAUCCUUUCACAGUAAUCCCCAUUUAUUCCUCCUUCUUGUUCCUUUCCUCCUCACUCAGAGAGGUGGCCCAGAUCGAUCAGUUUCUGCAGGAAACGGCUGCGCGUGAAGCCAAUGCUAAAGUGCGUCUUCAGCAGUUCAUCGAGGAGCUGCUGGACCGGGCCGACCGUGCUGAGAAACAGCUCCAGAUCAUCAGCAGCUGUGCCACCACCCCCAACGGCAGCCUGGGACACUGCAGUCUGCAGGGAUCCAAACCUAAUAGACGACAGAGAAAUUCCAGUAUCUCUGGGGCAUCAAGGGGAAUGUACCAAGUGUCCGAUCGACGUUCCUCCCCCAGCACUGCCGCAUCAGGACGAGGGAAGUCCGUGUCCCAGGGUUCAGGAGGUUACGACAGUGACAGUGUGGACCUCCAUGCUCUGGAGGACUGCCCUGAUGCUCAGUACUACCACGUCCAGUGCCGACUCGGGGAAGGAGGUGGAGGAGGAGGAGGAGGAGGAUAUGAAAGAGCGGCUGCCUCCAGGAACUGGGGUCUCCGCAAACAGGCCAUCCAGAACUGGCAGCGCCGGCCGUACCGGAACAGCACGGAGGGAGAGGAGGGCGACGUGUCUGACGUAGGAUCCCGCACCACUGAGUCCGAGGCUGAGAUGUGGGAGCAGGACAGGAGAGCAGAGAGCCAGCACGGGGGAAACCGAGGAGGAUACAGACCAGCUACAGGUCAUUCUGAAGGGGGAUACAAGCCUUGUCGCCCCUCCAAAGUCAACGAGGUGAUAAGUCCUGAGGUGCUGAAGAUACGUGCCGCUCUCUUCUGUAUCUUUACCUACCUGGAUAUGAAGACACUCCUGCGUGCGGCCGAGGUGUGCCGGGAUUGGAAGUUUGUGGCUCGUCACCCGGCGGUGUGGACCAGAGUCCUGCUGGAGAACGCUCGCAUCUCUUCAAAGUUCCUGUGCACUCUGGCUCAGUGGUGCACACAGACGCAUUCCCUCAUCCUCCAGAAUCUCAAACCCCGGCAGAGAGGCAAAAAAGAGACAAAGGAGGAAUAUCUGAAGAGCACACGUGGCUGUCUCGAGGAGGGUCUGGAGGCUUUGUUGAAAGCAACUGGCAGUAAUCUGCUCAUCCUGAAGGUGUCUCAUUGUCCGAAUCUAUUGACCGAUCGCUCUCUGUGGUUGGCGAGCUGUUAUUGCAGGGCUCUACAGGCUGUCACAUACAGGAGUGCGACAGACCCUGUUGGACAGGAAGUUAUCUGGGCAUUGGGAGCUGGUUGCAGAGACAUCAUCUCACUACAGGUGGCACCUUUGCAUCCAUGUCAGCAGCCAGCACGCUUCAGUAACAGGUGCCUGCAGACCAUUGGCCGAUGCUGGCCACACCUCCGAGCGCUGGGUGUGGGCGGAGCUGGCUGUGGCAUACAGGGAUUGGCUUCUUUGGCAAGGAACUGCAUGAGGCUCCAGGUUCUAGAGUUGGACCACGUCAGUGAGAUCAAUCAGGAAGUGGCUGCUGAGAUGUGUCGAGAGGGACUGAAGGGUCUGGAGAUGCUGGUGCUCACCUCCACUCCUGUUACUCCUAAAGCUCUGCUUCACUUCAACAGUGUGUGCCGUAACCUGAAGUCUAUUGUAGUCCAGAUCGGUAUAGAAGAUUACUUUGAAGACCCUAACAGUCCCGAGGCCAGAAAACUCUUUGAUGAAAUGGUGAACAAGCUGCAGGCACUCAAAAAAAGACCUGGUUUCUCCAAAAUCCUCCAUGUGAAGGCUGAUGGCUUGUGCUAACUCUGCUGUGUUUGAGGCCAGAGCCACGUAAAGGUUCACUGAAUACUUCAACCUAAUCG